CUGGGCGUCGUCAUGGUGCUCGCGCUGGUAGUGCUGAUCCCGGUGCUGGUGCGCGCGGCCGCCGGGUCAGCCGCGGGAGCGCGCUACGAGGCGCUGGGCGCGUGCAGGAUGGUGUGCGAACCGUACGGUCACACGGGCAGCGAGCCUCCGGGCACAGCACUGCAACCGCCGCCCACCACGCUCAUCCGCGGCGCAAAGGGCGAGCCCGGGCGCGCGGGCCGGACUGGACCCAGGGGGGAGCCAGGACCUCCCGGACCCCCGGGACCACCGGGAAAAACCGGGGAACCAGGACCUCCGGGGUUACCGGGACCACCGGGGGCGCGCGGGGUGACGGGUGUGAUCAGCGCCGCCACGUACAGCACCGUGCCCAGAAUCGCCUUUUACGCGGGACUCAAGAAGCAGCACGAGGGCUACGAGGUGCUCAAGUUCGAUGAUGUGGUCACAAACCUGGGCAACCACUACGACCCCGCCACGGGCAAGUUCACGUGCUCCAUUCCGGGCAUCUACUUCUUCGUCUAUCACGUGCUCAUGAGAGGAGGCGACGGCACGAGCAUGUGGGCUGAUCUGUGCAAAAACAACCAGGUGCGGGCGAGCGCCAUCGCACAGGACGCAGACCAAAACUACGACUACGCCAGCAACAGCGUUGUGCUGCACUUGGAGCCUGGAGAUGAGAUCUACAUCAAGCUGGACGGAGGCAAGGCACAUGGAGGCAACAGCAACAAAUAUAGCACGUUCUCAGGUUUCAUGCUUUAUGCCGAUUAGUGCACACCAAGACCUUCUGCAUGCACGAAUGGACAGAUGGAUAGAGGUCAGGUGCUGAUGCUUAACUCUUCACCCAGAGACGUUAAACAGGCUACGUGUGAAAUGACGAGACAAAGAAUUCACUCAAAUUGUUACCAUCACUAAAGUUGGACAAGAGGGUCACAGUGUCUGUAACAACUUUGUGAGCUCCACCAUAUUUCAUGAACACUGACGUGGAGCCAAAAGUGAUCAGCAGUUGGAAGCAGUAACCCGCAUGUGACCCCCACCGGUUAGAUUUUAGACAAAUCACUGUGACGUUUAAAAAAAAAAAAAAAGGCUAAAGAAUUAUCUGCCAUGCUGUGUUUGUUGUUGACCAGGCUUGAGUCUGCUGUGUCCACUCCAUCUAAAACAUUCUUUCAGCUCAGAUCCUGGGAAAACUCUGUUUAUUAACAGUUAGAGCAAUUAUCAACCUGUCAUUAAGACGUUUCAAUGAUGGCUGGUUACAGUGCUGCACCUCUGAUAGGCUUUGUUUUUAUAAACGUCAUGAAUUUUAUUAUGUCGGACAGACAAUGUAAAAUAAAAGCAUCUUCCUGUUACAAACUGC